UUUUCGAACCUAAGGGGUGUUAUCUAAUUAAUCCUUUUUGAUAGGCUCAUUGCAUUGGCGGUUGCUCUCUUAUCGAUUAUUCUUUUUUAUUUCUCUAAUUGCAGAGCUCUGCAUAUCCAGAAAAGCGCAGGAAAUGGCAUGGAGAAUGGAGAUACUGUUCAUUCGCGCCAAAUGUGUUACAAAUCACAUUGUAAAACCCUUAAAUCUCCAUUCAUUCAAUUUCUUUAUGUGCCUGAUUCGUGAGAAAGAGCCAGACAGAAUACUUGAGAAGUAUGAUGUUUUUCUUAGUUUCAGAGGUGAGGAUACCCGCAAUAAUUUUACUAGCCAUCUGUAUGCCGCUUUGUGUCAACAAAUGAUCAAUACAUUCAUUGAUGACGAGCUUAAAACAGGGGAUCAAAUUUCUCCAUCUCUUUGGAAUGCAAUUGAAGGGUCAAAGAUUUCCUUGAUCAUUUUCUCAAAAGAGUAUUCUUCUUCAGGAUGGUGCCUUGAAGAACUUGUAAAGAUCCUUGAAUGCAAGAACAGUUAUGGUCAGAUUGUAAUCCCUGUUUUCUAUGGUGUAUAUCCAUCAGAUGUAAGGAAUCAGAUUGGGACUUUUGGGGACGCUUUUUCUAAGCUUGAAAAACGUUUCAAGGGUUCGCAAGAAACAUUGCAGAGAUGGAGGACUGCUUUAGGAGAAGCUGCCAAUCUAUCUGGCUUUGAUUCAAAUGUCAUCAGGUCUGAGUCUAUACUUUUACAGAAAGUUGUCGAAAAUAUUUUGGCGAUAUUGAAUGAGGAUUCUCCUUUAAUUGAAAACAAGAACCUAGUUGGGGUAGAUUCUAGAAUCGAGUAUAUUGAAUGGCAACUAUUCAUUGGGUUUCCUGGUUUUCGCAAGAUAGGAAUUUGGGGUAUUGGUGGAAUAGGUAAGACCACUCUUGCUGGUGCUGCGUUCAAUAAAAUCUCUAGACAUUUUGAAAGCUCUUACUUUGUUAAAAAUAUUCGAGAAGAAUCAGAGAAAAGUAAGGGACUAACUAAGUUGCACAAAAAACUUAUUCGUGCAAUUUUAAAGGAUAAACAUGCCAAUAUAGGAUCCCCUUUCACCAAAAAAAGGCUUGCUUCCAAGAAAGUUCUCAUUGUGUUUGAUGAUGUGACAGAUCUAAAGCAAAUUGAAUCUUUGAUUGGACAUUUUGAGUAUUUGGGUUCAGGAAGUCGAUUCAUGAUAACGACAAGAGAUAAACGAGUAUUAGAAAAAUGUGAAGUGGAUUACAUAUAUGAAACUGAAAUAUUAUUUGAUGAUGUAGCUUUGGAAUUGUUUAGUCGAUACGCCUUUAGACAAAACCUUCCCCCAAAAGAUUUUGUGCAGCUAUCUAAGAGGGCGUUAUCAUAUGCUAAAGGUGUUCCACUUGCUCUUGAAGUUUUAGGUUCCUCUCUAUAUAAGAGGACAAAGAAAGAAUGGGAAAGCUAUAUAAAAAGAUUAAGGAGAAUUCCUGAUAUGAAUGUCCAAAAGGUAUUAAAAGUAAGUUAUGAUGGGCUAAAUGAUGAAGAGCAGGAGGUAUUUUUGGAUAUUGCUUGUUUCUUUAAAGGGUAUAAUAGAGAUCUUAUAGAAGCAAUCUUGGAUGGCUGUGGCAUAGCCUCACAUUUUGAUAUUAAUGUUCUGAUUGAAAGGUCUCUCAUAACCGCAUCAUUCAACACCAUAACAAUGCAUGAUUUAGUUCAAGAAAUGGGUAGAGAUAUUGUUCGUCAGGAAUCACCUAAUGAUCCUAGCAAACGUAGUCGGCUUUGGGAUCAUGAGGAUAUCUUUUUAGUAUUGACAAAUAAUGCGGGGACCGGAGCUAUUCUAGGCAUGCGCUUGGAUAUGUCUGAAGUAAGACAGCUACAUUUAAAUCCUAAAGCUUUCAAGAAGAUGCAUAACCUAAGAUUCUUGGAAGUGCAUUGCUGCUGGAAUGAUAACAAGGUACAUGGUUUCGAAGUCCUUAAAUCUGAUUUCUCUGAGCUACGGUACUUUCGCUGGGAUGGAUAUUCUGCCAAAUCAUUGCCACCAAAUUUUAAUCCAAAAAACCUUGUUGCACUCCACAUGCCUUUUAGCAAAGUUAAACAACUUUGGAAUGGGGACCAGGCAGUGAAAUGAUGUUGAUUGCUCUUUCUACUCUUGUAAGCUGCUACUAUUUGGUUAAUUGUUUUCUAUGUCAAACUCUGGUUGGUUUUUCUGGGCUUUUCCUGAUGUUUUUGCCUUCUGAGGCUGGCUUUGUUUCUUGUAUUUGCUUAAUUAGUUUGCUUUCUUUCUAUGGCUAUG